UCUAAUGCUAAAAAAAACGAACUAUAGUGCGAAGCCGGUCGCUAGUUAUUUAAUAAAAUAUUAUAUUGUGAUUUUUAUAUUUUUCUUAUAAAAUUCACAAUUUCACUUCAACAAUUCUUCAUUUUUCUAUUAAUUCUCAGACUCCGGCACGGUUAGAAAGUUGGAAAAAGUCGUUAGGAAUUGCAUUAAAAGCAAAUGAUUAUAUUUGCCAUCUUCAUUUUAAAGAAGAAAAUAUAAAUAUGUACGAAAAGUUAACUAUUAAAGGAGAGCUCAAAUAUAUUCCUACACAAAGAAAAACGCUUAAAGAAGAAGCUGUGCCCACGAUUGAGCAUCAGUUUAUUCCCAUUCCCGAACAUGAACUCCAAGCCAAUACUAUUCACAUAGAGGAAUCUUUCGAACCAUACCCCAAUCAACCUAAGGACGAGCAGCAACAACAAAUCAAUGCCGAGCAACAGGAAUUAUCAGAAGAUCAAAAUGAUUCUAAUAAUUUAAUGGAUUAUGAAAUGAUACAACAGGACUUUGCGGAACCAUUGUUUAGUCAAUAUCAGGAUACUAAUGUAACAAUAAAUCCAAUAGAGAAUUUUAAAAGUAAGUUUCGGGCAUUUUCGUUGUUGCCGCCUUUUUGGCUACAUGCAGAAAAUCCUAAUGGGCUGGUAUUUAUGCGAAUGGAUCCAAAAACUCAGAAGAUUAAACAUCAUAUACGUUUAAACGAUGAUCUAACUGUCACUGUAAUUUUUCCCAAUAAUGAACAAUUGCCACUAAAGGAGAAAAUUAAUUCAUAUGACAACACCUACGAUUACUUAAAAUCGGUUGAAAGAUGGCCUUUGUGCGUUGGUACUCAGAUUGACGACAAUAAGUAAGUUUUGGUAGAUUGUUAACCAAGGGAUGAACGCAGUGAGAGUAUAGUCCGAGGCUAAAAUGAUGCCAUUCACCCGAGUUAAACACUCUACUUU